AUGAGUGUUUGUACAGCAGGGUACUGGUACAAUUAUGGUGUUGCUAGCCCAAAACCGAAGGCGUGGACGGAUAAUCCAGAAGGUGUCGGCUUCGUUUCGGUCCUCAUGGUCUACGAUGAGAAGUACUCGAAGUGCAUUUACACGAACGCAGCUGCUCCAAGUGCUGGUGACGGCGAUAUGUUCUCCUGUGAUGGCUUAUCUUUGAGCUGUUCUAUACACACCGAGUCGGUUCUUGGGCGCAAUGCGGAUGCACUCAUUACAUAUGACACGAAGGUCAAGCCGCUCAUUGCAUGUCCUGUCACAUCGACACCGACCACCCAAUAUUCCGCAGUUACCUCGCGCAAGACAGAGACCGUGGUGCCCACGUCAGUGCAUACAAAUUACUGA